AAAAACAGAGAGGAGGCGACGCUGACUGACGCAGCCGAGGAAGGGGAGGAAGAGGGAGGGGGAACUGGGACUUGCCGCUCCCGCCUCCAAAUUCCCCACUCCUCCGCCACCGCCACCGCCCACCUCGCUCUGCUCCGCCCCCAAAUCCGGCGUCGCGAACCAACCCCACUACCCUUCCUGGUCCCAAAACCUGACCCGCCCAAUCCGUCCGACUCUCAGCUUCCGGCUUCGCCUCGGGAGCCCCGGAGCAGGGAGGGGGGGGGGGGGUGGAGUCGGAUCGGCGGCCGGAGAAGCAUUGGGCUAUGGCCGCCGCGUAGGAUGCAGCUGGACUCCGCUGGCGGUCGCUUAGCUGCUGCUGCUGAAGUUUGUGAUGCUUCGGGCGCCGUGAUCCUAAUAAGAGCCGAGGGUGGAGCGGUGACUUGUGUUGGUCUGCCGGUUGAUCUCCGCGAGCGCCGGCGCCUGUGCGCUAAGAGGUAGGGAGGCGGUCGCGUGAGGUGUAUGGAGGAGCACGGGAGGGAGGAGGAUGCCCCGGGGCCGUCAUGGGCGCCUAGCGACUCCACGGCUUUCCGGGCGUUCGCUGCGGCGGUGGGGGAGCGGGCGGAGGCGUCGCCGUCCGCCCCGGGCUAUGGGGUUGCCUCCCGCUCAAGUUACCUCCGCACCGUCAGGAAGAGGCCUUUUGUUGCAAGAUUAACCACAGACAUCGUCCAAACUUUUGAAAAAUGCAAUACUGAGUUUAAGUACUCAGAGUCAUUAAACCCCAAGCGCUUUCUCACCUAUCCUGCAGUUCCUGUUCACAAUGAUGGCCUUGACAAUGCAAAUUCUGACCUCAUCUUGUACGCCAACUUGGAAUUGGUUAAUAAAAAGUCAAGCCGGAGGUAUGUUGUCCAAGAAAUGCUUGGCCAAGGUACCUUCGGACAGGUUGCGAAAUGCUGGGAUGCAGAAACCAAUAAUUAUGUUGCAGUGAAGGUUAUAAAAAACCAGCCUGCCUUUUACCAGCAGGCUAUCAUGGAGGUCUCGCUGUUGAGCGUGCUAAACGAGAAAUUUGAUCCUGAUGAUCAACACCACAUUGUCCGGAUGCUGGAUUUUUUUCUCUGCCAAAAUCAUUUGUGUAUAGCCUUUGAAAUGCUUGGUCGCAACCUGUAUGAGCUGUUGAAAAGGAAUAGCUUAAUGGGUUUGCAAAUGAAAUAUGUCCGAACUUUCUCAAGACAGAUAUUGGACGCAUUGGUUGCCAUGAAAGAUGCUGGUAUUAUUCAUUGUGAUCUAAAACCAGAAAAUAUCCUCAUAGCUCCAACUGUAAAAACAGCAGCUGGAGUGAAAGUAAUUGAUUUUGGAUCAGCGUGCAUGGAGGGUAAAACUAUUUAUUCAUAUAUUCAGAGCCGUUAUUACAGGUCCCCGGAAGUACUUCUUGGUUAUCCAUAUACUACUGCCAUUGAUAUGUGGUCAUUCGGAUGCAUCGUUGCUGAACUGUAUAUAGGGUUGCCUUUAUUUCCUGGAGCAUCAGAAUAUGAUGUCCUUUGCCGUAUGAUUGAGAUUCUUGGUGGGCAACCACCAGAUGAUCUGCUACGGGCAGCUAAAAACACUGGGAGAUUUUUUAAACAUGUUGGAAGUAUCUAUCCUGGCAGUGAGGCACGGAAUGGCGCUGACAGUGCAUACAGAAUAUUAACUGAAGAGGAGAUCGAAGCUAGGGACUCCAAGAAGCCAAAGGUAGGGAGAUGGUAUUUCCCUCGUGGAAGGCUCGACAGACUCAUAUUUACAUACCCUUGGAAGAAUUUGAGCGAGGAAAACUUGCCAGAGACAGAAAAGGCAGAUUGCUUAGCAUUGGUUGAUUUCUUGAGAGGGCUUGUUGAAUUUGAUCCUAAUAAGCGCUGGUCACCGUUGCAGGCUUCAUAUCAUCCGUUCAUCACUGGUGAAGUAUUCACUGGUCCUUAUGAGCCUGUCCAGGAGACCCCAAGAAUUCCUGUUGGUCGUGCUGCAGUUGUUGAUCACAAUCCAGGACGAGGUCACCUGUUAGGUGUCGGUCUUUCCCCUCAGGUUAUUGGAAGCAUUAACAGAUGCCUACGAUUUAAUAAUACUUUGCAACCAAAGAUGCCUUUUUCAUAUGGAAGCAGUUGUGGCAGUUUUGGUAGCCAUGGUAGCUUUAAUGAUAAUGCUGGCCUUGCAAGCAGCUAUGGAAGCUAUGAUUUCAACAGUGUCAACAUAUAUAAUUCACCAAUGGAUCCUUCUGGUUUUGAUUUACAUUCACAAGCUGGAGGAUCAUUUCUAGGAUCUAGUCAGGAUAUUCGACGAAGACCUCAUCUCUCACAUGGUGGUGGCAUUCGGUUAAGUCCUGGGGGUCCGAGGCCUAUGUCUCUUGGGGCCAGUCCAUCACAAUUUACUCCGCCAAAUUCGCACAUGCAAAUCCCAACUGUUGGUAGUGGAAAGUAUGGUACCUCUCCUGCAAGAGGCGGUCAUGGCUCAUUGGGGAAAGCAGCUGCUGUAGGACAAUACAAUAGGAGGAGGAAUCAGGGUUAUCCACCUAUGCCAAUGCCCCCACAUGAGCACGCAUCUCAACAGAUCCAGGGACACCAAGGAGAUGUUAUCAAUGCUGCUCGCUUUGAUGCAUAUGGUCGAGAAAAUUUUGGCUACAUACAAAAUGCGCUCCCUAAUUUUGGUCAUUUUAGUUGGAGACCGCAAAGAGGUGUUGGCAGUGGUUUACCUUCAGACCCUUGUAGUGGUUCUUUUCCACCUACCAAGUACAAUGGCUUUCCUCCUUUACACUCCUCUGAUGUCUCAGCAGAUACAUUGCCCUCGACCUCAUCAGUACUAGAUCCAGCCGAUUGGGAUCCCAACUAUAGUGACGAAUCACUCCUGCAAGAGGAUCAUUCCUUGUCAGCUGAGUUAAGUGGUCUUCACCUGAGAGAUGCAAGUGGUCAAACAAAGAGAUCUAGCAGAUUGGCACCUAUCCAAAGUUCAAACCCUUCAUCAUUGAAUCAAAGAAGUGGACACCUGUUUCAUGCAUCAUCUCUCGAAGAGAGUACACAUCCUACAGGUCAUGUCACCUUUGAUGGUUACAACCAUGCAAAUUAUUCUCAGCAAAGUUUCCCAAAUUAUCGUGGACAGCCAUUUCAGCAGUACAACAAUGUGACUUCCAGUUACAUACGUCCAAUGAGGUCUCACCACAAUGGUCGGCCUGUCUGGACUAAUUAUAGUUUGGCAGAACUUCCACCCACCACUAUGGGUGAAGGAAUGCCCCGGGGAGGGAGAGCUAGUCACUCUUUUGCAGCAAGCGGACUGCCACCUUCCAUUGCAAGAAAGGAUUUUGGGAGGAUCUUUUUGUCCUGAAUCUGGAGAGAUGCGGAAUGCCACCAAAUUGAUGGCAUGCCACCAAAUUGAUGGCAUCAGUUGUUUCCAUUUGCAAUUUUGGGUGGAUUGUUUGCAGGGGGUUGUUGGUUUUGCAAUUUGUUGCGUUCCUCCGAUGUUGUCUCCUUGAGAUGCUCCGAUUCAUAAGAUUAUAUGGUAUGUGCAUGAACUGCAGCGGAGAAGUCAGUUGUGCUCCCCUUCUGGAACGCCGCGCUUUCCUAUGCGAGAUGGGCUUUUGUAUGCUCCUUGGUACUCCUUGUAAGCAAGAAGAAAAGAAGGCAGCGUGUGAGCACAAAUCAUGUUAGUGACAGCUCAGGAGGUUUGCGACAGUUUUUCUGUCGCGGUUAUUUACCUUCUUUCUUUUCUUUUCUUCUCGCUUCUUUUCUUCUUCGUUUUCUUUCUCUUUUUUGGACGGGGUUCAGUCCUGGUUCCUGAACAUGGCUCAGAGACCUAUAGUCGUGUGAAUGGUGAUAUGUUUUCCUUUU